AUGGUGCAAAAGGUGAUCGAGGGCCUACUGGACCAAAAGGUGGCCAAGGGUCUACAGGAGCAACAGGUCUACCGGGGCAAAAAGGUACAAAAGGUGAUCGAGGGUCUACAGGAGCAACAGGUCCAUCGGGGCAAAAGAGUGCAAAAGGUGAUCGAGGGCCUACUGGGCCAAAAGGUGACCAAGGGUCUACAGGAGCAACAGGUCUACCGGGGCAAAAGGGUGCAAACGGUGAUCGAGGGUCUACUGGGCCAAAAGGUGACCAAGGGUCUACAGGAGCAACAGGUCUACCGGGGCAAAAAGGUACAAAAGGUGAUCGAGGGUCUACAGGAGCAACAGGUCCAACGGGGCAAAAGGGUGCAAAAGGUGAUCGAGGGCCUACUGGGCCAAAAGGUGACCAAGGGUCUACAGGAGCAACAGGUCUACCGGGGCAAAAGGGUGCAAAAGGUGAUCGAGGGCUUACGGGGCCAAAAGGUGACCAAGGGUCUACAGGAGCAACAGGUCUACCGGGGCAAAAGGGUGCAAAAGGUGAUCGAGGGCCUACUGGGCCUAAAGGUGACCAAGGGUCUACAGGAGCAACAGGUCCACAAGGGCAAAAAGGUCAAAAGGGUGAAAAAGGAAACUUCGAUGAUAGU